CCUUCACCCUCUUGAUGUGUUCCUUCCCUCUCUCUAUAUAUAUUCCACUUAUCAUUUUCUCUUCUAUUCUUUCAUACUUACAUAGCUAUCUUACUUCUUCUUUCAAAACUGUGGAAACUAAUAUAAGCUAAGCUGAGCUAUUAGAACUUCAAUUAAGCAAAGUAGUGAAGUAUAUAGCUAAGUAGAGCUUUAAUUUAUAUACACAUCUUAGAAACAAAACCAUUAUUACACACACCAUAAUCAAACAUGUCUAGCGGAAGCAGAUCAUCAAGGCAGCGAUCUCACUCUACAAGGAUCUCCGACGAUCAAAUCAUCCAGCUUGUUUCCAAGUUGCGCCAACUUGUUCCAGAGAUUCGCAAUAGGCGCUCCGACAAGGUAUCGGCUUCUAAGGUGCUGCAAGAGACUUGCAAUUACAUAAAAAACUUACACAGAGAGGUUGAUGAUUUAAGCGAGCGUUUGGGUCAGUUGUUAUCCACAAUUGAUGCUGAUAGUGCUGAAGCUGCCAUCAUUAGGAGCCUACUUAGCAACUAAUUAAUUAAUAAUAAUUUUCUGCUUAUUGAAGGAGAUAUAUAUAUAUAUAUGAGUGGUGUACUUGAAAUUAUUUGGUAGAGAGUGAAGUAUAGUAGUUUGAGGGGGGGUGUGUACCUUCCAUAUGGCAGGUAGGGCACUUUGUUAAAUAGGGUUCUUGAAUGAACAUUAAGUACUUUGUACUAAAGAAAGCUAUAUCAUCAUCAUGCCUCUUUUAUUGGUAGCGGUUGUUCAAUUUUAUUUAAGGUUUCUAGCUUAUAGUUCUGAUUUGUACUUCCAUGACUUCACCUAUCUAGAUGUUUCAUGUCAGAAUUGUAAGACACAUCAUAUAUAUAUAUUUAUAUGACUUUGGUCAA